AUACCAUUCGUAUUUGCAAAGCAGUCCACCCAUCACCGCAAUCUUCCACUUUAUCCUUUCCUCUUCAUUCUUCAAUUAUAAGCACCCCCAUCCCCCUUUCGCUUUCCACUCUCCAGUCUCCACAGAUCUAAAACAAAGAAGUUUGCACUCAAGCCAGGGGAUCAUGGGUCGUGGAGUCAGUUUUGGUGGGGGCCAGAGUUCUCUGGGCUAUCUUUUUGGUAGUGGUGAGCCUCCAAAGCCUACUAUUAACAAUGCUGAGGCUCCUCUGAAUCAGGGGACAGCUGUUAGUGCUGGAACUCCACAGAAAUCGGUUGCACCUGCACCAGCACCACCUGCAGAUGCUACAAAACAGAUACCAGCUGGGGUCCCCGGGAGCAAAACAAAUAACUACUUCCGUGCUGAUGGUCAGAACUGUGGGAACUUCCUUACGGAUCGUCCGUCAACCAAGGUCCAUGCUGCACCAGGUGGAGGCUCCUCCCUGGAUUACCUGUUUGGAGGUAGCAGCAGCAAGUAGUGCCUAGUUCAUAUCUAAGAUGCGAAUCUCUAAAUCCUCCUGAAGUCUGGAGCAACCUCUACCCAUUUGUAUUUUUGGUUUGGCAGUGUGAAUUUCCUGUUGUAAAUCGACAAAUUGUUGAUAAUCUUUCCAUAUAUAAUAUUAUUUGCAUUUCUCUUAAAA